GGCGGGUUCUUCCGGGAGCAAAGCUGCAGGUUCAGCUCCGUUGCUGAGCGGGUUUGACUCAUUGUUUUCAUGUGCUGUGAUCAAUGCUGCUGGGUGCUGUUAGGGGCGCUCAGGCAAGCUCCUAAGUCGCGACAUGGAUGCAGUGACUUAUGCUGAUGUGCAUGUGAACUUCACUUGGGAAGAGUGGGCUUUGCUGGAUCCUUCCCAGAAGAGUCUCUACAAAGAUGUGAUGCUGGAGACCUACAGGAACCUCAUGGCUAUAGGCUACAAUUGGGAAAACCACACUAUUGAAGAACAGCGUCAAAGAUCUAGAAGACAUAAAAGGCAUGAAAGAUGUCAUACAGGAGAGAAACCCUAUGAAUGUAAGGAGUGUGGGAGAGCGUUUGCACGUCAGAGUCAUCUUUAUAGUCAUGAAAGAAUUCAUACAGGAGAGAAACCUUAUGAAUGUAGUCAGUGUGGUAAAGCCUUUGCACAACCCGGUAAUCUCCAAAUGCAUAUAAGAACACAUACUGGAGAGAAACCCUAUGAGUGUAACCAGUGUGGUAAAGCGUUUGCAAGUCAUGGUCAUCUUUAUAGUCAUGAAAGAAUUCAUACAGGAGAGAAGCCCUAUGAAUGUACUCAGUGUGGUAAAGCUUUUGCACGUCACAGUGGUCUUCAAUAUCAUAAAAGAACACAUACAGGAGAGAAACCCUAUGAAUGUAACCAAUGUGGUAAAGCCUUUUCAAGUCACAAUGGUCUCCAAUAUCAUAAAAGAACACACACUGGAGAGAAACCCUAUGAGUGUAACCAAUGUGGUAAAACCUUUGCAAGUCAGAGUCACCUUUAUAGUCACGAAAGAAGUCAUACUGGAGAGAAACCCUAUAAAUGUAAUCAGUGUGGUAAAGCCUUUGCAACUCAUGGUCAUCUAUAUAGUCAUGAAAGAAUUCAUACAGGAGAGAAACCUUAUGAAUGUAAUCAAUGUGGUAAAGCCUUUGCACAACACGGUAAUCUCCAAAUGCAUACAAGAACACAUACUGGAGAGAAACCCUAUGAGUGUAAUCAAUGUGGUAAAGCCUUUGCAAGUUUCAAUCAUCUUUAUAGUCAUCAAAGAAAUCAUAUAGGUAAGAAACCCUAUGAAUGUAAUCGUUGUGGUAAAGCCUUUACAAGUUUCAGUCAUCUUUAUAGUCAUGAAAGAAGUCAUACAGGAGAGAAACCCUAUGAGUGUAACCAAUGUGGUAAAGCCUUUGCAUGUCAGAGUCAUCUUUAUAGUCAUGAAAGAAUUCAUACAGGAGAGAAACCUUAUGAAUGUGAUGAAUGUGGUAAAGCCUUUGCACAACACGGUAAUCUCCAAAUGCAUAUAAGAACACAUACUGGAGAGAAACCCUAUGAGUGUAACCAGUGUGGUAAAGCGUUUGCAAGUCAUGGUCAUCUUUAUAGUCAUGAAAGAAUUCAUACAGGAGAGAAGCCCUAUGAAUGUACUCAGUGUGGUAAGGCCUUUGCACGUCACAGUGGUCUUCAAUAUCAUAAAAGAACACAUACAGGAGAGAAACCCUAUGAAUGUAACCAAUGUGGUAAAGCCUUUUCAAGUCACAAUGGUCUCCAGUAUCAUAAAAGAAUACACACUGGAGAGAAACCCUAUGAGUGUAACCAAUGUGGUAAAACCUUUGCAAGUCUCAAUCGUCUUUAUAGUCAUGAAAGAAAUCAUAUAGGAGAGAAACCUUAUGAAUGUGAUCAGUGUGGUAAAGCCUUUGCAAAACAAGAUAAUCUCCAAAUGCAUAUACGAACACAUACAGGAGAGAAACCCUAUGAAUGUAACCAGUGUGGUAAAGCCUUUUCAAGUCAUGGUCGUCUUUAUAGUCAUGAAAAAAUUCAUACAGGAGAGAAACCCUAUGAAUGUAACCAGUGUGGUAAAGCCUUUUCAAGUCACAGUGGUCUCCAAUAUCAUAAAAGAACACAUACUGGAGAGAAAGUCUUAUGAGUGUAGCCAAUGUGGUAAAGCCUUUGCAAAUCAGUCUUCAAAGACAUAAAAGAAUUCAUACUGGAGAGACCUUAUGAAUAUAUUUAAUAUGGUGUUGCCAUUGCACAUUUCUAUAGUCUUCAUCAUCAUGAGAGAAUUCAUGAUGGAGAGAAAUUCUAUGAAUGUAAGGAAUGCGGCAAGGCCUUUGUGUUAUGGGUCUACUGAAAUCCAACACAGCUCAAACACCAGGUCAAUGCAAAUGACAAGAAUUUAUUGUAAUGAAGCCACUACUAAUUGAUUAGUGCCACAUAACACACUCAGGAGCUGAACUGCGACACACAUAUGCCUCUACCCCUUAGACAGAAUGUUACAUAGCUUUUAAGCUUGAAAACCACAAACGUCUAUACUCUAACUUGUAACAGUUAUUUUUCCACCAAUCAGGAUUUAGGAAUAGGGGCUUUUCUUAUGUAUGUUAACUGGUACAAAAUGUAGGUUGUACAGUCUAACCAAACAUAUCCAUUUGUUCUUUUAUGGCUAGGAACAGGCAUUAUGUUUGAAGCAAAAAAUGAAUAACAGAAGUCAUGUUUUGGGGACAAACGAUGAAUAAGGGAAGCUGUGAUUAUGUUUGGGGGACAAAAGAUGAACAGAAGCUGGCAAGCUACUGAGAAGUCCCCAGCUCCCCUAGGGCCUAGGAACUUGAACUUAUUUUCAAACUAUGAAUAAAUAGAGGUUGUAUUGGUUGGUUUUGUGUGUCCAUGACACAAGCUAGAGUCAUCAGAGAGGAAGAAGCCUCACUUGAGAAAAUGCUUCCAUGAGGACCAGCUGUAAGGCAUUUUCUCAAUUAGUGAUCAAUGAGGGAGGGCCCUGGCCACUGUGGGUGGUGCUAAUCCCUGGUCUGGUAGUUCUAUAAGAAGGCAGGCUGAUCAAUCCAC